AAUCGUCUGGCUUACGGAGUUGCGGUACGCUCCUGUUCCACAGUCGACAUUUCUUUGUCUUAUUAAAACAUUGCCCGUCACCUAUUUAAAAUUACGCAUCCUCGAUACGAUUUUGCGCGGAUGAAAGUGCGCCUUGUUUAUAAAAGUAUUCCAAAAUGGGAAACGUACUCAGUAGUGAUUCGACGAGAGUGCACUCCACAGUAACGAGUGAAAGUGAAACAAUGAGUAAUACAAGUGGUACCAGUGAAAAUGAAAAUGUCGAAGAGGAAUAUCAGGACGCUAUCAAUGAAGACGAAAAUCGCGCACAAAUUAGAGAAGAAGAAAUGGUUCAGUUCAGAAAGCAGCUGAGCAUUAAACGUGAACAAAGGAGACAAAUUUUGGAUCGUCACAAAUCAGAAAAACUAGAGUUGGAAAAGGCUCUUAAUGAUGAGAGGAAAUGUCGAUUAGAAUUGUUUGAGACAAAUAAGUUAUUGCGAGAACUGUUGAUGAAGAAUAACAUAGAAAUUCCAGAAAUUCAGUCGUCCUAUGAAAAUUCUGACUUGAGCAGCACUAUAGCACAAAUGAGAGAGGAAUUUGAAAUAUUGAAGACAAAUAACAAUAAAUUGCGAAGAGAUCUUGCAGAGUCGAAUAAUACACUACAGAAUGCAUAUUCUGAUAUCGCAGAUCUGAAUGCCCAAAACAUAGAAGCUUUAAAACAGAUUAGUGCAUUAAAAGAAGUUGUAUCCGUCAGCAAAACUAUGAUCGCCCUCCGAGAGCAACAACUUGACGAGUUAAAGAAUAAAUUGAAUGAAAUUGAAAAGUCACUUGCUGAUAGAGAAGCCAGUAUGUUAUCUACUGACUUGAGACAGGAAUAUGAGCGGCAACUACAAAACAUACGGACUCUUCGUGGUUUAUACGAGGAGAGAGCUCGUCUAGCGGAAGUUACGAGGCAAAGUUUAGUACGCGAACUUGAAGAACAAAAACUUCUGUAUCAAGCUGAAGUCAAUAAGUCAAAGAAAUUAACAGAUAAAGUAAAUGAAUUAGAAGGCAAAGUUGAUACACUGAUUGAAACCAUUGAAAAUAAAAAUAGUGAGAUUAGCACAUGUCAAGACGUAUCAGUAGGCUUAAAGGCCGAAAUGACUGUCGUUAACAAGCUAUUUUCUGAAGUGCUUCUAGGCUAUAAGACCAAAAACGAUUUAGACAAAUUAGUUCAUCGUCUUGAAGAAAAUCACGGUAUUCUCACACAAAUGGCUGAGCGGGAAAAUGACUCAGAAGCAUCGACGGCUUUGCCAAAGCUGCUUCUAGAAAUUGUAAACCAAGUAGAGGAGGGAGAAGAAGAAAAGAAGGAGGAGUCCACUGAAGAGAAAAGUGAAACAUCAUCGGAACAAAAUCAAGAUAUCCAAAACUCAGAUAAGAUAAACUGUACGUCUGCAACUACCCCUGAGGAAAUAGUUCAGAAACUCCCUAAAGUUUGGAGGGUACUAAUGGAACUGCUCAGCCAUCAAAAUGUAGAAGAAAAUUGCACUUCAGAGAAAGUUACCACUUGCUAUAAAUCAGUAGAGACCAAUUCCGGGCCAGUUCUAGUGCCAAGUGUUAGUCAGACUUAUAUCAGAUUAAAGGAUUUGAUUGUGGAAAAACUUACUCUUAUCAAAGAAGUCAACCGCAUGAAACAACUAAAUUCACAUCUUGAAACCCGUUUAGAAGAACAAGAGCGACGUUUGUGCCUAGUUACCACAGAAUUAAGCAAAACAUGGCACGUUGUCGGUAGAUUACGCAGACAUCAUCAUCAAUUACAUACCCAUGAAAAGAUACUGAAAUAUGAAUUGCAACAAAAGAGAAAAUUACUGAAUGAACUAAAAGAAGAAUUAGAGUAUUGCAGAGAAAAAUGGGAACAAGCCAGAGAAAAGAACUCUCAAUCUGAAAGGGACUGGAAAACAUUAAGAGCUGAAUUUACAAGUCGAAAAGCCAAGUUAGGAUCUCCGUCAUUUAAUAAUUCAGCUGAAAGUGGUUACAGCGACGAGAGAGCUUCAGAUGAGUCUUCCGAAUCAAAUGAUGAGAGUGAGUAUGUCACUGAAUCACCGAUUAGAUGCAAGAAAAAAUUAAAAAAGUCUUUUGAAACUAUCGUAGACUCAAGUGCUGAUUUCAAUUUGGUAGCAGAAAGAGAAGAUCCUGCUAGUGAUAUGAUAGAUGUUGCAGAUUUACCCUUAGAUACGCAUGACGAUAGUCAUAGUGAAAAUAACUCAAGAAAUGACUUAGUUUGUGAAGAAACCGAAGACGAAAUUUGUGAUAUUAAUGGUGAUCACUUAAUCGAAGAAACAAACAUAGUCAAUAAUACAGCAAUUAGUUCUGUAUUAUCAAAUGAUGAAAAUUCAGACCCAAGUAAUACAGCAUCACAAAUAUCAUCUUCAACAUCUAAUAACUUGAUUGAUCCUCAAGAAAUUUUGAAAAAUGUAAGACUGCAAAAUGAAAGACUGUCAAAAAAAGACGAAAAACUUGAUAAAUUGGAGAAAAACAGUUCAACUUUGUUACACAAACUUAACCAUACUGUCAAAUUAAGCCAGGAAAUUGAUGAAACUUUGGACCAUAUUUUGAAUCAUCCUACAACGAGUAGAGAAAAUACAAACGUAACUGAUACAAAUUUUACUGAAUCUGAUAUAUCUAAUGAGUGUAUCGAAAUAAAAUGCAAAAGUGAUGCAGUUACUGUUGACGAAAUAUACGAAAACAGUGAGAUAAGUACGACAAGGGAAUCGGACAUAACUACUGAUGUAACUAACAAAACAUGUGAAUCUCCUGAUGAACGAUCGGAUUCCCCUACAACAGGUAAAGAUUAUAAUGUUCAAGAUUUCACGGCUAUUUUAGAAAGUAUUAAAAAACAAGACGAAAGACUCGGUAAGAAAGAUGAACGGUUUCAAAAAUUAGAAACUGGUUGUUCUGAAGUAUUGAAUUGUUUAAAGAAUACCCUUCAAACAGGUGAAAAUCUAAAUCAAAAAUUAACUACGUUGCAUAAUGCUAAUACAAAUUCUGAAUACAAAUCAGAAGAUGAAGAUUCGAAAGAUAGUUCGAGUAAUACCGUCCAAACAGGUGAAAAUCUGAAUAAAAAAUUAACUAUGCCGCAUAAUGACAAUACAAAUUCUGAAUACAAAUCAGAAGAUGAAGAUUCGAAAGAUAGUUUGAGUAGAGAUGAAACAGAACCCUCAACAUCGAGUGACAUUGAUCAUGAGGCAAGGUUUGCUGCUAGAGACUUGCGUUUAAAACGGUUAGAAGAGCAAACUAAAUCAUUAGUAAAAAAGGUUAAUAAAACAACAUCGAAAGGAGUGAAAAUCCAUUACAAAUUGGAAGAGCUUCAUAAUAUUUAUGGUUCUGAAAAUUCAAGAGCUGGCACCCCAUCCGACGACAGUGAAGACAAAAAUGAUGACGAAGAAUCUUCGAUUGAAUAAUAAAACGAUAAUUAAAAAUUUUCGGCAAGAAUCUAAAAUUAUGAAUUUGUGUUUGGUUUAUGUCUAAAUGUCUGUAAUCGAACUUAUAGUGGUAAUAUAAGUGCAUUUUGUAUCUACAGUAAAGUGCCAGUAUCUCUCAUCUUAGACUUUUUUCUGUUUUAUUACUGUGUAAGACCGUAAGGUCAUUAAACUUAUAAUAACGAAGAUGGAAGAUUAUAACAAGAAAUAGCUUCUAACUAGGUUAAUUAGUUCCUUUUCUACGCGCAUGCGAAUGACCUUGCGAAACCUUAAUUUAAAGAAAUUUUAGGAAGACCAAAUGUAAAGUACUUAUAUUUUUGACUAUCUCAAAAGGUAUUGGCACUUUGCCAAUAACAAUAAUAAAAAAUAUCUCAAUUCAUUCAUUGUUUUAUUUUACAUAAUAACAAAGUCAGGUACAUCAAGAUCGUUAGCUACAUAAUGUCCAUAUAAUGCGAUUCAACUAAGAAUAGGAUCGUCGGGGCGCCAUAUUGUGACGCCAUAGCUGUCAAUUCAAACGAAAAAGGUAGAGUGAGCCAAAAAGUUUUUAUUUAAUAAACGUUAUUUACUAAGAUUAAGUGAGAAAAAACAUCCGAUUUUUAAUAAAAAAUAUUUACUAAAAUUGAGUAAAGAAAAUAACCGAUUUUUAAUAAUAUUUAUUUGUUAAGACUGCGAGAAAAAACAUUAAUCAGAAUUAAGCUCUUCAAUUCCGCUCAUCUCUGCAUUACCGCCGGAGUUGUUAUGAAUAAUCAUGCACUAUUACUAGGUCACAUUCGAACAUGCAUCCUAUAUGUAAAACGAAGUUUUAAAUCGAGUUUCUGAACGCAACUUAAAGUGACAUUUGGUUGACGAUUUAGAUAAUCAAACAUUCAUAGCCAAAGCUCAAUAAAUGAAAAUAAAAUAUCAACCAACAUUAAUUAACAAUAUUUGUUAUUGUUUGUUUACAAAUGUUUGGUUUUUAUUCCAUAAUUAGCCGAGUGCUAAAAAAGGGUUCCAAGAUUUUUUUGCAAGCCGUACUUUUCAAGCGACAUUUGGCAGAUGGAGGUCAUUGGCUUUCCUAUUCUUAUUUGAAUCGCAUUAUACGUCAUGGUUUACAAUAAAGUACAUAUCCAUUUUUUUAUAGUAAAAAUCAAAGAAUACAUUUAUAAAUCCAUUUAAGAAAAAUAUUUGUUUUUAUCCCUUUAAUAGAAAGUAGACUGCAGUAAAACAUGUGUAAAAAGUAAUUUUUCUCGAAACUACCGGGUAAAAUUUUGAUACCCGUUCCUAUCUAAGUAUAGUUGAGGCACUAGGUAUUCCUAAUGAAUACCACAACGGUUUCGGUAUUGGUUCUUGGACCAAUCUCCGUACCAAUAUGACAGGUCUCCUUUGCAUAAAAAUUUGAUAUUUUUUUACAUUUAACUAUUUUAAUAUCAUAGCUGUCAGCAGUUCUUGCAUUUCAUCAAUUACCUAAUACUUCUUUUAGCCGUACACAGAAACGUCAAAAAAUUAUAGUGCUUCAUUAAGUAACGUGUUAUCUUUUUCUAUUGUUAUCGCGAAGAUAGUAACAGCAUCUAUUUUAGACAACUUUAAAAGUUUAUUGACUGCGCUGAGUGCAGCCGUUAGUGUGAAACUAAAGAUUAACAUUCAUUUUCCACAUAACAAAUCAGACUUAAACAUAGGUGCUACUGAUCUCACACCAGUCUAAAACUAUACUAAAUCGAGCACCAACAGUAGAGUUUAUUUAUAAGCAUGUUUAAGAGUUAAGACUAGACUUAAAUAAUAGUAAUUUCCAAAAGUACUAAAUAGAUUGAUACUUUAUUGAAUAACUUUUUAUAAAACGAAUUAUUAUAAAGAUUUAACUGUACUAUAACAUUCCAAAUAAGCUAUGAAUAUUUUAUUCCGAAUCGGGAAAUCCAUUCAAAAAGUUGUUAACUUGGUAAACGUUUCAGCUCAAUCUUGAAAAUUAGAAAUAACUCUUAAAGCUAUGAACUAUUAGAUAAACCACAAAUUUCUUUGCUUGCUCAACAUUUAACCAUAUAUACACAAUAUCAGGUUAAUACGAAACGACUAGCCUAAAACACUUUACAUAUUUAUCACUCUUAAUUUCUUUUUGAUUCAACGAAUCGAUUCUCAAUAUUUUGGAGUCCAGACUUGUCUUCAACAUUAGCUAUGACAGCGUGAUUUUUGUAUGAAUUCGCAUUAAUUCCCAAUUGUUUGAAGUUCAAACUAUUGUCUUCAACCUUAGCUAUAACAGCGUAAAAAUUUUAUGAUUUCGUAUCGAUUCCCAACGGUUUAAAGUCCAAACUAUUGUCUUCAACUGUAGCUAUGACAGCGUGAUGGACUUUAUCAACUGCCUUCGUAGAUGGUGCACUGUACAAUCGCCAUGCCAGAACUGAUAGCAGAAGCAUCUCCACUAAUGUGGUGCUGUUCUGCAACACUGAAAGUUGAUAUUUUUUUAUAACAUUAUAUAUUAUAACUACUAGUGGGCUAGUGAUUGCCCGCGACUUUGUCAAUGUGGAAAAAUAAAAACCUGCGCCAUUCCAUUGUUUACUUUUCACCCUACGAGUAUUUAAAAGUGAUUUCUAGGGUAAAAACUAUUCUAUGUCCUUUACUGGGACUCAAACUGUUUCUAUACUAAGUUUCAACUAAAUCGGUUAAGCGGUUUAAGCGCGAAGAGGUAACAGACAGACAGUCCUACUUAAACAUAUAAUAUUACUAGUGGGUGGGUAAUAAUUUUAAGUCCUUUCCCGGAGCUCAACUAUACCAAAUUUCAUCUUAAUCACUUCAGUGGUUGAAACUUGAAGAGGUCUUUAAAUUUAAGACCUUGCCUUUUUAAACAUUCAUUUAAGAUCAAUGAACAAACUCGUAUUUGCCAAAAAAAUUAAAUUCUAAAAUUAGAUUCUGACCGUGACUUGUUUGCAUGAAUUUCGGACUAAAUGCGCAGAUGACUUUACAUGUUUCUUUAAUUUUAUUAACCUGUCACCUCCAAGACUAAUUAUAAAUACACAAUUUAAAACUAUUUUAAGAUAAUGAAACACAAAGUCGUUAUUUACAGGAAGUAGCUGUACCGUUUUCUUAAAAAGUACUUGCAACAAUUAACUUUCCCUCGUAUCGUUUGAAACAUCUUUAUUUCGGAAGUAUUGAGAUAUCAUCAAAACAAAAAGUUUAUAAAGUAUAUAUGGCGUACCUACAUAAGGUUUAACAGCUGGUUGCAGCGCUAUGGCGCUCAUAUAUUUCGCACGGAAUUUGGGACAGGAUCAAUACCUACCAUUUUAUGAACCAUGUAAUUUCACAUUUCACAAUACGCGAAAUUACAUGGUGCAUACUGCGGACAGGUGUGGUCAGAAAGCCGUUAGCCGUUUUCGCACCCAUGCAAGAUCGAUGAUCGAUCGGCUCGAACCGCGCCCCGUACCGCAGCAUCCCAAGAACAUUGACAUGACUCACGGUUGACGAACACGGCCGGAUGCAGCGCCAUGACGCACGGCAUGCGGACUAUGGUGGACAGGGCUCUAACCGCGCCGUACUGCAGCUUCACUAUGAACAUUGACGAUGACUCACGGUUGACAAACACGGCCGGAUGCAGUGCCAUAACGCACGGCAUGCGAACCAUGGUGGGCAGGGCUCUAACCGCGCCGUACUGCAGCUUCACUAUGAAUAUUGACGAUGACUCACGGUUGUCGAACACAGCCGGAUGCAACGCCAUGCGCACGGCAUGCGGACUAUGGUGGACAGGGCUCUAACCGCGCCGUACUGCAGCUUCACUAUGAACAUUGACGAUGACUCACGGUUGACAAACACGGCCGGAUGCAGUGCCAUAACGCACGGCAUGCGAACCAUGGUGGGCAGGGCUCUAACCGCGCCGUACUGCAGCUUCACUAUGAAUAUUGACGAUGACUCACGGUUGUCGAACACAGCCGGAUGCAACGCCAUGCGCACGGCAUGCGGACUAUGGUGGACAGGGCUCUAACCGCGCCGUACUGCAGCUUCACUAUGAACAUUGACGAUGACUCACGGUUGACAAACACGGCCGGAUGCAGUGCCAUAACGCACGGCAUGCGAACCAUGGUGGGCAGGGCUCUAACCGCGCCGUACUGCAGCUUCACUAUGAAUAUUGACGAUGACUCACGGUUGUCGAACACAGCCGGAUGCAACGCCAUGCGCACGGCAUGCGGACUAUGGUGGACAGGGCUCUAACCGCGCCGUACUGCAGCUUCACUAUGAACAUUGACGAUGACUCACGGUUGACAAACACGGCCGGAUGCAGUGCCAUAACGCACGGCAUGCGAACCAUGGUGGGCAGGGCUCUAACCGCGCCGUACUGCAGCUUCACUAUGAAUAUUGACGAUGACUCACGGUUGUCGAACACAGCCGGAUGCAACGCCAUGCGCACGGCAUGCGGACUAUGGUGGACAGGGCUCUAACCGCGCCGUACUGCAGCUUCACUAUGAACAUUGACGAUGACUCACGGUUGACAAACACGGCCGGAUGCAGUGCCAUAACGCACGGCAUGCGAACCAUGGUGGGCAGGGCUCUAACCGCGCCGUACUGCAGCUUCACUAUGAACAACACCAGCUGCAGCGCUAACAGACGGGGCCGAGGUCGCGCGCCGCCCGCUUCGGCUGCGCGGACGCACAUCAUCACGCCCCAAAGACCAGUAAGUAUGGAAGCCGCCACAAACGGCUGGAAAUACGGGAAGCUGCGUAUGUACAGAUUC